GUUUCGAUAAAUAUUGUGAAAAAUUUAUUUUUUGGAACUGUCCAUUAAUACAUAAAUUGGAAGAAUGUCCCAGAAAAAAAGUCGACCGCGAAUAGAAAAGUAAACACAGUGAUGAAGAUAAGAAAGAGCCCAGCAUCCGAAGCAGGAAUGACAGAUGCGAUUCGCGCAUGUUUGCGUCCUUGUCGGGCCCGCGCAAUCCACCUGUUGUGUCUCGGUCUCAUCGGGUCCGCGUGGACCAAUCGCGACGGCGCAGCGCGCCAGUCGUCCGUGUGCCGGCAAAGCAGUGCGCGCUGUAAUGUGAUCCACCGUGUGUGUGUGCGAAGUCUCGUGGCGGAUUUUCACCUAAUCGGGAACAAUUCGUUCGCACGUAUCGUCGUUGUUGUGCGCCCGUUCGUUUUGUGUACAGACGCGAUUGCGGACAUGGACGCUGCGUCCGUUUGAGUCGGCACGUUCGGGAUAACGAGGAGUUUUUGUUGUUUGGUUGUGUUGAUACUGAUUCAAGAUGGCCGACCCUUAUUAUCCGUGUCCGGAUAAUUACCAGGUCGAAUACAUAAAACACCCGGUCCUGUACGAGCUGUCCCACAAGUACGGCAUCCAGACGGACAACUGCAACGAGCUGCAGCUGCACGUCAAGCUGGAGGAGCUCAAGGACAUCAUCAAGAAGGAGAUCAGGCGCGAGCUGAAGAUCAAGGAGGGCGCCGAGAAGCUGAAGGAGGCGUCGACCGACAGGAAGUCGCUCAGCCAUGUCGCCACGCAGAUCAAGAACUCCAACUGGAAGCUCACCGAGCUCAAGAACGAGCUCAGCGAGCUCGAGUCGCAGAUCAUCCUGUCGCAGGGCCAGACCACGCCGACCACGCCCUCCAUCAACGGAGAUUCGCUACAACGAGCAUCACUGGAGGAACACAACAAUGAAAAGUACAACUUGAGCCUCAAGAAUCUGGAGAGGCAGCUCAACAUUGAAUUGAAAGUCAAACAGGGCGCCGAAAAUAUGAUACAAAGCAUCACUGGCAAAGAUAAAAAGUUACAAACUGAAGCUCAACAAAUGCUCAAGGACUCUAAGAAAAAAAUAGAAUAUUUAAAGAUGAAAAUCACUAAAAUGAAGCAUGAUAUUAGCUCAAAACAGCGUGGCUCAAUGCACGACCUGACCUCAAACGGUGGAAGCCACCCUCCCGGUGAGCCGUCCCUGGAAGACCGGAUUGAGGAGCUGAAACAUCGGCUGCGGAUCGAGGGGGCGGUGGUCGAAGGGGCGAAGAACGUCAUCAAAUUAUUGUCGAACGGGACGCGCGAGAAGAGCGACAAAAAGGCCCUGUCCGAGGCGAUGGAGAGCCAACGCGCCAGCAGCGAGAAGCUGGACCUGCUGCGCAAGUCGCUGGAGCUGCGCAAACAGGAGCUGCCCGCCGACUCGCCCAUCGCCAUCCAACUGAAGGAGGAGCUGACGCAUGCGCAGUCGCUCAGCCCGACGCCCGUCCACUACACCAGCCUGCAGCCGUUCCGCGACAGGCCGCACGGCGGCAAGUCGCCCUCGUACUCGUCGUCGAUGAGCCGCUGCGCCGCCGUCACCGGUACGCUGGAGGUGCGGCUGAUGGGCUGUCAGGAUUUGCUGGAGGACGUGCCGGGCCGGUCGAAGCGCGACGGCGACUCGAACGUCAGCAGUCCGAUGGACUUGAAGUUCUUCAAGAAGGGCUCGCGCAGCUAUAUUGUGAAGGAGGAGGCCAGCGACGAGAUUAUGGCGGUGUUGAAGCUCGACAACACGACCGUGGGACAGACCAAUUGGAAGCCGUGCUCGCAGCAGGCCUGGGAUCAGAGGUUUUCAAUUGAUUUGGACAAGUCGAGGGAAUUGGAGAUCGGGGUUUAUUGGAAAGAUUACCGUUCGUUGUGCGGUGUUAAGUUCCUGAAACUCGAGGAAUUCAUAGACGAUGACCGACACGGCAUGGUUCUGCAUCUGGAGCCGCAAGGUCUUCUCUUUGCAGAAAUCAAAUUUUUAAACCCGAUGAUAUCGAAACGCCCCAAGCUGCAGCGACAGAAGCGUAUAUUCAAACAAGGUUUGCCCAGAGCGAAGCAGAUGAACAUAAACAUCGUUACGUGGGGCAGGUGGAUGAAACAGUCCAAUCGUGUGCCCAGCAGGCCCAAUCUUGCUCAAACACCCAACGAAACAGUCAACUUAGACAUGGCGGACGACAAGCCGGAGACGCCGGGCGAGGCGCCCGACCCGCAGCUGUGCGGCCUCGGCGGCCAGCGUCCCCUGUCGCUCGUGAUCGGCGACGUGACGCCGUUGCCCACGGCACCUACGCCACCGCCACCUGUCGCCCAAAAGAGGAUGUCGAUCACGCCGCCGCCCCUGCCGCCCAGGCUCGACCCCGAGAGUGCCGCACUGAAGGAGUUUGAUUUCUUGGAGGACCAGGACGUGUCGCGUCCGGGGCCUCUGAUAAUACCCACCGCACCCUCUACACCCUCUACAAUUCCCCCUGAACUGUUGGUUCCGCCUAGUCCCCAGCCCGUAAUCGAAUUUCCAGACGACGAGCCGGUGUUCGAAGAGAACGUGAUCCGCAGACCCAUGAUAAGAGAGAUUGGAAGUCACAGGGACAGUGCUUACGAAUCGAAGAGACACUCUCAAUACACCGGAAUGAGCAUCGACAAUUUCAGAUUGAUCAGCGUGCUGGGCCGCGGCCACUUCGGCAAAGUGAUCCUGUCCGAGUAUCGCAAUACGGGCGAGUAUUUCGCCAUAAAGGCCCUCAAGAAAGGCGACAUAAUCGCCCGCGACGAGGUCGAAUCGUUGCUGAGCGAGAAGCGCAUCUUCGAAGUGGCCAACAGCAUACGCCACCCGUUCCUCGUCAACCUGUUCGCCUGCUUCCAAACGGACGCGCACGUCUGCUUCGUGAUGGAGUACGCGGCCGGCGGCGAUCUGAUGAUGCACAUCCACGCGGACGUGUUCACCGAACAGCGGGCCGUGUUCUACGCGGCCUGCGUCGUCCUCGGUCUACAGUACCUGCACGAGAACAAGAUCAUCUACCGCGACCUGAAGCUCGACAAUCUUCUGCUGGACACCGAGGGCUACGUGAAGAUUGCCGAUUUCGGUCUGUGUAAGGAGGGCAUGGGUUUCGGCGAUCGCACCGGCACGUUCUGCGGCACGCCCGAGUUCCUCGCGCCCGAGGUGCUCACCGAGACCUCGUACACGAGGGCGGUCGACUGGUGGGGCUUGGGCGUCUUGAUUUUCGAGAUGCUCGUCGGAGAGUCACCGUUCCCAGGAGACGACGAAGAGGAGGUGUUUGAUUCGAUCGUGAACGACGAAGUCCGCUACCCCAGAUUCCUGUCGUUGGAGUCCAUAGCGAUUAUGAGAAGGUUAUUGCGUAAAAACCCGGAGAGGCGUCUAGGCUCGAGUGAGAGGGACGCGGAAGACGUCAAGAAGCAGGCAUUCUUCCGGGAGAUACUGUGGGACGAGCUGUUGCACCGCAGAGUGCCGCCACCAUUUGUGCCAAGUGUUAGUUCGUUCGAGGAUGUGAGCAACUUCGACGAGGAGUUCACGUCCGAGAGGCCGCAAUUGACGCCGCCGAAGGAGCCGCGACCGUUGACCAGCCACGACCAGAACCUGUUCAGGGACUUCACGUACAUGGCGGACUGGUGCUGACACAGCUAGACUCUUUUUGUUUUUUCUUGACGGGAUUUUCAACUACUAUUAUUAAUUUUUAUUAUUGAUUGAUUAUUAUCGAAACAUGAACAAAUUCAAUGCUGUAUAGUUUUAAGAUCUCAUUAUCGAGGAAAUCAUUUUAUUUUAGCAAAUGUUUAUAUUUUUAUAACGGCGAGAUUUCCGGUUUUCUAAUUGAAUUGUUGAAGAUGUUUAACUACUAUUUAUUUAAUUUAUAGAAUCUUAUUUAGUAUUACAAUUCUUGACAGUUGUAUUUUGUUGUAUAAAUAUUUUAUUUGAUAAUUGUUAAAACUGAUGAUUAUUUUUAUCUAUUGUGCUUUGCAAUUGCUCUUCCAUAUUUCAAUAAUAUCACAAUAGUAAGACUGUAAAUUUUAAGUUAUAUAAGAUGAAAAUAUGUGGUUUGUGGAAGUGCCUGUUUUAAGUGAUUAUUAGCUUGUUGUAAAUAGUUACUAACAUUAAAUUCGUAUUAAUAUUUUUUGAAUAUAUUUAUAUACAUAUACAAUACUGAGAAAGCUCAUUCUGUGAAAGAUGUAUUGAUGAAAUCAUCGUUCGUAAUACAAUAUAUAUUUACAUCAUAACAUGUAUCAACUGAUUAUUAUUAAUAUUUAUAUUUUACAUCACUAAAUAUUAAAAAUUGUUUUUCUGAAA